UCCGGUCCGAUCGUGAGAUGGGCACGAGAGGGAGUGAAAGUUUGGAGACAAGAAGGAGAAGCUGCAGCUGUCUUUGGGCUUUGGUCUGGACGCGCUUUUACUGCAGCCUGCAGGAGCUCACAGCCUCAGGAGGGACAAAGAAACUCCAACCAAAAUAUGGCCACCCAGUGCUUGCCCUGCUGCACUGUCAUACUGUUAGUGCUAUUAGAACUGGCUGUUGCCCAGUAUGAACACCUCGGGUACCCUCCGGGGUACCCCGAACCUGAACAGGAGCAGUACACCGCCCCGCAGCUGUCAGCAGACACGCCAAGGAUUCAGCUCCGAUUGGCGGGAGAUAAGAGGAAACACAAUGAGGGUCGCGUAGAAGUUUUCUACAACAAUGAAUGGGGCACUGUCUGCGAUGAUGACUUCACUAUCCAUGCAGCCCAGGUGGUGUGCAGGGAGCUGGGCUACCUGGAAGCCAUCUCAUGGUCACCAUCCUCAAAAUAUGGGAAAGGACAAGGACCCAUCUGGUUUGACAAUCUCCACUGCACUGGCAAAGAAAAGACCUUGGCGCUGUGUCCCUCCAAUGGAAUUGGUGUUUCAGACUGCAAACACAGUGAAGAUGUAGGCGUUGUGUGCAGUGACAAGAGAAUCCCUGGAUUUAAAUUUGUCAACACCCUGCCCAACCAUGUGGAGAGCCUCGACAUUCAAGUGGAGGACGUGCGUAUACGAGCCAUCCUGUCAUCAUACCGAAAGCGGAUCCCUGUAACAGAGGGCUAUGUGGAGGUCAAGGAUGGUGGAAAAUGGAAGCAGAUUUGUAACACAGAGUGGACCCAGCUUAAUGGCAGAGUCAUCUGUGGCAUGUUUGGCUUCCCCGGGGAGAGGAAGUACAAUGCCAGAGUUUACAAGAUGUUUGCUCGCCGGAGAAAGCCCACAUACUGGGACUAUUCUGUGAACUGCACUGGCAAUGAAGCCCAUUUGUCCAGCUGUAAACUGGGCCAGGCUUCAUCACUGAAGUCCAAUGAGACCUGUGCUGGAGGGUUGCCUGUUGUGGUGAGCUGUGUGCCCGGCAGAGACUUUGCUCCAACGCCAAUGACGGGAUUCAGGAAGGCCUUCAGACAGGAGCAACCACUGGUUCGUCUUCGUGGUGGGGCCAUCGUAGGCGAGGGCCGAGUGGAGGUGUUGAAAAAUGGAGAGUGGGGCACCAUAUGUGAUGAUAACUGGAACCUGCUGUCUGCCACCGUGGUGUGUCGAGAGCUGGGCUUCGGUACAGCCAUAGAGGCCUUGUCUGGAGGUCGCCUGGGACAAGGUAUGGGCCCUGUGCAUAUGAAUGAGGUGGAGUGCUCUGGAUUUGAGAAGUCCAUCACAGAGUGCUUCUUCAACAAGGAGGCUAUUGGUUGCAGCCAUGAGGAGGAUGCAGCCGUUAGAUGUAACGUUCCUGCUAUGGGUUUCCAGGAGUCGCUGCGCCUGAGUGGAGGUCGUAACCCCUAUGAGGGCCGUGUGGAAGUGCUGAUGGAGAGGAACGGUUCUCUGGUGUGGGGGACGGUGUGCAGUGAAGGCUGGGGAACCAUGGAGGCCAUGGUGGUUUGCAGACAGCUGGGCCUGGGCUUCGCCAGCAACGCUUUCCAGGAGACUUGGUAUUGGCCAGGAGAGGUGACUGCUGACGCUGUGGUGAUGAGUGGCGUUCGCUGCUCUGGUACUGAGAUGUCGCUGUCCCACUGCCUGCACCACGGAGCCCACCUCAGCUGCCCUAGGGGAGGCGGACGCAAUGCCGCUGGAGUCUCCUGCUCUGAGACGGCCCCUGACCUGGUGUUGAACCCUCAGGUGGUGGAGCAGACCACCUACAUGGAGGACAGGCCCAUGUUCAUGCUACAGUGUGCGUUUGAAGAGAAUUGUCUGUCCUCCACCUCCAGCCAGGCGCCGGCCAACUCCUAUCGCCGCCUGUUGCGCUUCUCAUCCCAGAUCCACAACAACGGCCAGUCUGACUUCCGGCCCAAAGCUGGCAGGCACUCCUGGGUGUGGCACGACUGUCACAGGCAUUAUCACAGCAUGGAGGUGUUUACGCUCUAUGACCUGUUUAGCCUCAAUGGAACCAAAGUGGCAGAAGGACACAAAGCAAGUUUUUGUCUGGAGGACUCAGAGUGUGAUGAAGGUAUUGAAAAGAGGUACGAAUGUGCUAACUUUGGAGAUCAGGGGAUCACUGUGGGCUGCUGGGAUACCUACAGGCACGACAUCGACUGCCAGUGGAUUGACAUAACUGAACUCAAACCCGGAGAUUACAUUUUCCAGAUAGUAAUUAACCCAAACUAUGAGGUACCGGAGACAGACUACUCAAAUAACAUACUGAAAUGCAGAUGUCGAUAUGAUGGCCAUCGUGUGUGGAUGUACAGCUGCCAUAAUGGUGGCUCAUUAAGCAUCGAAACAGAACAGACGUUCCCAGGGCUCCUCAACAACCAGGUGACCCACAGGUAAAGACAAAGCAGAGGAGAUGAGUCGACUGGCAGUCACCCUUCCUGCAGGAAGGCCAUCUGAAACCCACCAACCACUCCGCAUCUCCAUCUGUGGUGGAUUCCCCCUGUCAACCCUGCCCUGGUCAAACUAUCUUGUUACAUUUUCCCUUCUAUUAGGAAGAGCCCUCCUUCCCCCACGGCUGAAAAAGUAUUGUUUUCCCCCUCCUGUCCAAAGAGAGGCAGGUACAGCCUUACCAACACUUCCAUGUUAAGAACAAGGCCUGCCGGGAAGUGGCAGGUAUUUUACACAAGCUGCAGUAUUGGGGAAUGUCAUCAGGACUGUGUCUUCUUUGAAGUGCAGCACUUUAACAGAACCCUGCUGCAACACUUUUUGUUCAAAGCUUCCCCGUCAGUGGCAGGUCGCCUGAGGAUUGAGAGGAACCAUGGAUAACAAUAGCAGUGGUCUGUCUUUGGAAAUAAAGUCAGUGUUCUUCCACUUUUAAUAAAGUUCCUCUUACACACAUACACUGAGUUUAUGUUCCACAGACAAACUGAGCAUUUCUGUUGCAUGUCAGUUAUUCAAGCUGAAGUUUCACAUCUUAAUUGAGGAGUUUACAAAUCAAGUUGCGGCACAAACAAGUCCUCAAAAAGCAAACAGCCCAUUCAUCACAAAUUGCAAGUGCUAACUGCUUGAUUCAGCUGUAAAAUGAAUCCAGCAAGGCUGAACUAUCACGUACUGAGACGCCUCAGAGUGCCCCAAAGCUAAAUAACUGGAGCAUAUAUUCUCUCAAAUUGCUCUACAUGAACAAGGACUGUAGUCUUUGCAUCAAAUCUGAUUAGGCCACAUUUCAAAGAGGAGUCACACUAGGCCUAUAAUCCUUUGUGGGCAUUGGUGUCCCAAUGUGUGUUGGAAGCAAUCUCAGUUAGUCCAGAAAUCAUUUAAGCAAAUUUUACCCACAGAUUUACCUAUAAUUUACACUAUAGUAUGCAUUACCUAAGAGGUUUUAGUUUUGACCAGCACUGAUAGUAGUUUUCCAGUUACUGUGCAAAAUUGACAACAACAAAAAAAAAUAAAAAAUAAAUACUGAUUUAGAACUGGGUUAUGUCCUCCCUUUGGUAAGUUUGAGAUUGAUGUCAGCUUCCAGACACUGUCUUGUUCUGAUAUAUCCAUAACUCUUUUUAUGAUAUGUAGCAAUAUUUUGCUUUUGAAGCUAAUAUAUCUACGUUUUUUCUCUCCCCAUUCAGUGCCUUUAUAAAAUACUCACAUUCAUUACACCCACCAUCUUUAAAGACCAAUUUAAUACCACCUAGAAAUCUAGUUUUUUAUAACUUAAAGUCCAGCCGAAAAUAAAUUGCCUGCUUUACAGCCUACCGAUCCACUCUGUAGGUUCCUGUUUUAUAGUCUGCUUUUAGGACGACAUAGCCAGUCUGUGCCAUUGGUUCUUUGUCUUGUCUUCUGUCAUCUAACUGCACAAAGGCCUGGUCACAGCAGCAUUUAAAACAGCUCCAUUUUGCUGCAGUUUCCAAUCAUUCCAAUUAAAUCAUUGUAAUUAGUGUAUCCUUUUGCUUGUGCAAAGUAGAUGAGUGCAAAUUGUGCAAAAGCUAUCGUUGCUAAUCAGCUGUGUUGCACCAUCAACUUUUAUUUAAUCUGCUCUGUUAGAGUAAAACUGUUACACAAAAGAGGAGACAUUUAUGAGACAGGAAGUGAUGGUAGGCCUACAAAUGUGUCUUUCGAAAAAACUGUGUGAAGUUUUUAUCCUGCUUAUGAUCGAGCUAAGCUAACAAGAUUUUGAGUUUGACAACUGAUCCUUUGCAAGUUUCUGGGGAACAUAGGACCCUGUGUCAAGUUCCCAUUAUGUACUAUAUAAAUCUGGGAAACAAAGAACCUUGUAAACAUAGGAGUCUUGGUGAGUACAUAUGUAGGUCUAGGGAACAAAGGACCCUGGGAACAUGGACUCAGGGAGCACUGGAAUUACCCUACUAGCACCAGCCCAGAUAGCUAGUGCUUUAAUGUCUCACCAGGCAACCACAGCAAUUUACCAACUAGCCCUGAUACUAUAGUCACUACAUCACUACUAGAGCCAAAUAUUAUGCAAAGCCACAUGAAUAUAUUUUGCUGUACCAUUUUCUAGUUGUGACCAGGCCUUAAAGCAGAAACGCACUGUUGUAUCAGAGGCUGAGUAACAGCCAGAUAGCAGUCUGAGACACAACAUAAAAGAGGACAAACUUUGAACCAUUUCACAUUAACUUUCAAGCUAUCUUAUUCUAAUAUCUUCUUCAUAUCUACUGUACAAGAAGGUAGCUUAACUUAGCUGAAAGAGCUACCAACCAUUGCGGGGUAGAUAGCUAAUUAGCUAGUCAGCUGUAGCACAUGGUAGGCUACCAGCAACACUGCCAACAAAUUUCUGUCUGACCUUUGCUUGUAAGCUAGCAGUCAAAGACACGCACUCAUAGUGUUGAAGGCUUAAGAGGUUUUUUAAUGUUUGUCAAAAGGGCCAUUUUCUUCCUUUGAAUAAUAAAAAUAUCAGUGAUUCAUUGAAAAAUUGCUCUGAACUUUUCUUUAAGACACAUGAGUGUAUGUGUUACUGAAAUGUGUCUUAAGUCUUCCACAGCCAGUGGCACGCUGUUGGUUCUACAGGAGGAUCAUAGAACUGUUCCACAGUAUCAUGCUUUCACAUACAGAAAGGUUUCAGCUGUUAUUUGUUGCCUUUACAAGGAAACACAAGAGCACAGGUAUCAUCCUCUCAGAGAAAGCUCAUGGAAUAGCGUUUCUCCCCGUUAAGAGUUGCAGAUAUUAGUUACUGUUACUGAAGUUAGGGUUUUUUUUUUUUUUUUACAGUUUUAUUCCUCGUUUUAAAAUAAUAUGUUACGUACAAUAAUGUGUGUGUGAAUCCUGUUUUAUUGUACUUUUUUAUAAUGGUGCUAUCAAACUGGUCCUCUGUUUUCUGAGGGUGCAGUACGUGUUGAACAGCUACAUUAUGUAUACUAACAGUAUACUUGAACUGAGAAAUAAAUUGCUUUGUGUGUUAAACUAUAAUAAAGGUCUGAGUUACGGAGCAACCAAAUCUUUGCUGUUAAAUGUUGUUUCUAUUCAUUUUUUCCUCACCAUAUUUAUAUUUUGCGCGUCACCCUGCUUCACAUAUUUUCCAUUACAAAAACUGUAAUUCGCAGCUGCUGUUUGCAGGCAUUUUGUUUAAGUUUGAUAUUUGAUACGUGAACAUCAGUUAUCUUAAACAACCUUCCCUCCUCUGCACUGAAACCACUGUGCAACACUAAAGAAACAGAUUACAGCACAGACUUGAGUGACUUGAGCUCAGCACACUACCAUCAGCUGGUGUCUUUGAAACAGGCUGUGAGCUGAAAGAGUCUCUUUCUUGUUGCACUCGAUUUCCCACGAGUGUUUCUUUUUUUCCACAUAUGUUUACCUGAGGUAGGAGAAACAAUCAGUCACCUCUGGCAGCAUUUACACUGCAGCAGCUGUGAUUUUUUUUAACCCCUUCUGUUUCUGACUUCAUUUAUGCACACCCUAAAAGAGUCUCACACAGUGGUUGUAAAUAAGAACUUUCCUUCCAAAAUAGAUUCCAUAAUCCAAAUAGUAAAAAUGGAAUAUGGGCAUUAUUUUUAUUAACUAAAUUUAAGCAACUAAACAAGCAGUGACCAGUUAUCACAUAAUGCAAAGCUGAAACUUGCAUACACAUUCAUUUGCUACUUUGACAGAGGUGAGUUAUAACUAAG